AUGAAGGUCGGUCUUAUCGGCUCUUGCACCAACUCCUCUUACGAGGACAUGUCGCGUGCCGCUUCCAUCGCCCGUGACGCUCUCGACCACGGUAUCAAGGCCAAGGCCCUCUUCACCGUCACCCCCGGUUCCGAGCAGAUCCGCGCCACCAUUGAGCGUGACGGUCAGCUCCAGACCUUCGAGGAGUUCGGUGGUAUGGUUCUUGCCAACGCCUGCGGUCCUUGCAUUGGUCAGUGGGACCGUCGCGAUGUCAAGAAGGGCGAGAAGAACUCGAUCGUCUCUUCUUACAACCGUAACUUCACUUCCCGUAACGAUGCCAACCCCGCCACCCACGCUUUCGUCACCUCCCCCGACCUCGUCGUGGCCAUGACCAUCGCCGGUACCCUCAACUUCAACCCUCUCACCGACUCCCUCAAGGACAAGGAUGGCAACGAGUUCAAGCUCAAGGCCCCUACCGGUGACGGUCUGCCCGCCAACGGCUACGACCCGGGAAUGGACACCUACCAAGCUCCUCCCCAGGACCGCUCCCAGGUCAACGUUGCCGUCUCCCCACCUCUGACCGUCUCCAGAUCCUCGAGCCCUUCAACGCUUGGGACGGUAAGGACGCCACCGACCUUCCCAUCCUGA